AUGGAGGUCGACUAUGAGCCACUCACGAAAGGCGGGUCGAUGCACGGUCCUGAACCCCAGCAAGCAGAGGCCAGCUCCAUUUCGGCAUCCAAUUCUGGAGAAAAUGCCUUCCCGCCAAAAAGUAUUCAAGACGAGUGCCUCCGGCUGUGUCGUCCCACGCGGUAUGACGGGCGCCGCGAUGUAGAGGCUUUGGAGGAGUUCCUCAAUUCCCUAGAUCUAUACCUCCGCAUUCAAAAUGCCCCAGAAGCCUUCCAACUCCUCCUGGCCUCUUCCUUGCUAGAAGGGGACGCACGGCGAUGGUGGCUACACCUAUGCAACCGCUCCACGUUCCCGGAGCACAUCAGGUCCAUGCAGGCAUUCCGGGACGCGGUACGUUGCAGGUUUAUCCCGACGUCCGCAAGCGAGCAGGCUAUGGCAGAACUGAGAAAGCUUAAACAGGGAAAACUGUCUGUGGAGCGCUACAUUGAGAAAUACCAGUCCUUGGUGAACCGAAGUCCUAUGGUGGCCCCGGAGCUCCACUACCAAUGGUUUAUAGCGGGGCUGGAUCCCGUAGUGAGGCAAACAGUGACUGGCUGGGCCACGGGCAGGGAAAUGAUGGGCGAAAAAGUGGAACUUGCUGACAUGAUGGAAUACCUCCGCAGAAUGGAAAAGAAAAACGCCACACCCACAGCCCUAGCUGAAAAGGAAGAAAGCGGGCAUGGGAACAAUCCCGAUUUGGAACCAAUGGAUAGUGGGGCUGUGAACACCAAGCCAGCUAAACACGGGGCUAGAAGCGGCUUCCGUCAGCAGACGGCGACUUCACCGCCUAAAAAGCAAGACGGAGACUCUGAACGGCGUACCUGCAUCUUCUGUAGUAAACCGGGUCACGUAUUUCGAGAUUGCAGGCUUAUGAAAAAGGCUAGGGAACAAAUGAGACCAAACCCCGAACACCGCCGCCAAGGGAACAAACAGAGCAAGCAGGGAAACGCCCGGGCCUCUACGCAACGUGCGGCGCAGUGA